UCACAGUCUUUGUAAAACUUUCUUUCAGAAAAGCCAAACAGAAAAAAAAUCGAAAAAAAAGUUACUGAAAAAUUCGUGUUAAUAAAUUAUAUUGAAGAUUAGGUAUAUUGUGGUUGUGUUAUUUAACAAUAACUAGGCAAAAGUGAAUUUUUAUCGAUAUUAUUCGCAUUAAGUCACAGAUAUAUUAUUCAAUAUGAAAGUUUUGUUGAUUGUAUCAGCCUGCUUUGUGGCCACAGCGUACGCACAACACCAAAAUCAAGCGAUAGAUUACGAGCUUGAAGAAAAGCUUAAGCGAACCACAACCACAUGGAUUCCAAUUUUGGAAUACAACAAAGAACAGGGCGAUGAUGGUAGCUACAAAACAUCAUACAAAACUGGAAACAACAUCGAUGCAAGCGAACAGGGUUUCUUAAAAGAUUUCUCCGAAGAUCAUCCAAAUGGUGUCUUAGUUCAACACGGUGGCUAUUCAUACACAGCUCCUGAUGGACAAGUGAUCAGCGUACAAUAUACUGCUGAUGAACAUGGUUUCCGUGCCACCGGUGAUCACAUUCCAACAGCAGCACCUAUUCCACCAGAAAUCCAAGCUGGACUUGAUCAAAUUUAUGCUGGUAUUAAGCUACAACAAGAACGGGCUGCUCUCCGAGCUAAGACCGAUCCAGACUUUGCCAAAACACAGGAAGCACGCGCUCAACUCGACUAUAAUGGUCAAUACUAUCAAGACCAAAUCAUUAACUAAAAAAAUUGACUUUUUUCUGGUUGACAAAGACUGUGAUUACUUUUAGUUAAACGAAUAACAAAUCAAAACCACAAUUCAAUUAAAACGUUUCUGGAACAAUUUUGAUGUUUUAAAGUUUUUGGAGUACGACGCUAUAAAUAAUUUAAUUUCUUUGAUUAUUCUUGAACAAACAUAAAUUAUGCCAUACUUUAAAGCUGAAUUGAUUUAUUUAAAUGUAAAACAAAAACAAACGAAAAUAAAGAAAAUUUAAAAUCUUAAAAA